AUGGUCAUCGCCGACAACAAGGAAGUCGUGAGCGCUGAAGAGAACAGACUGAAGGAGGACCGUGAGAGGACCAAGUACUGGAAGCAGUGGGGUCCCUAUACCGCAGAGCGACAAUGGGCAACGGUCCGAGAAGACUACUCUUCCAAUGGCGACGCCUGGAGUUCCUUCACCUACGACAUGGCUCGUGCUCGAGCUUUCCGGUGGGGUGAGGACGGUAUCGCUGGUGUCUCGGAUACUCAUGGCCGCAUGAACAUCGCCUUUGCUUUCUGGAACGAGAAGGAUGGCCACCUCAAAGAACGUCUCUUCGGUCUCUCAAACCCACAAGGUGUCCAUGGCGAGUCCAUCAAGGAGUGCCAUUUCCACCUCGACAAUACACCCACCCACUCGUACAUGAAGUACCUCUACAAGCUGCCUCAGUCUGCUUUCCCAUACGAAGACCUUAUCAAGGAGAAUGCCAGGAGAUCGAAGACAGAGAAGGAAUACCAGUUGAUCGAUACUGGCGCGUUCAAGGACAACCGGUACUGGGACAUCUUCAUCGAGACUGCAAAAGAGGCCGACAAGCCUGAUGAGCUGCUCUUCCGUUGCACAGCAUACAACCGCGGCCCAGAGCAUGCCAAACUGCACAUCCUACCCCACGUGUGGUUUCGCAAUACAUGGGCUUGGGGUCACGACUCGUACAAGCCCACCAUCAAGCAGACCGACCCUCUGACUGCUUCGAUUGACCACCGCGAGCUUGGCCAACGUUACUUUCAGUGCUCUCCCUCUCCAAAUAGCUGCGGCAACGAGCACGAUAUCGAGCCUGAGCUUCUCUUCACAGACAACGACACCAACUUUGUCGAGCUCUGGGACUCCAAGCACAACAAGACACCCUACGUCAAGGACGCCUUCCACCAGCGUGUUGUUCACGGAGACAAGAAGGCAUGCAACCCCCACAAGCUCGGCACGAAGAGCUGUGCUUGGUAUGCGUUUGACCAAGGCCGUGGCGUCGCUCCUGGCGAGUGUGCUGUUGUUCGUUUCCGCAUUUCAACCAAGCACGAUGAAGGCUACCUGGACGAAGAGCGCUUCGACGAGGUCAUGGAGCAGCGUCUUGCCGAGGCAGAUGAGUUCUACUUCAAGGUCAACCCUAUGCCGAUGUCCGACGAUCUUCGCAACAUCCAGCGACAAGCUCUGUCAGGUAUGAUGUGGUGCAAACAAUACUACCACUUCAUCUGGGAUCAAUGGGCGAACGGCGAUCCAGCCAUGCCUCCGCCUCCACCAGAGCGGAAGUCAGUCCGGAACGCCCAAUGGAAGCACAUGCAUUUGGAUGAUAUCCUCUCCAUGCCUGACUCCUGGGAGUACCCAUUCUUUGCUGCUUGGGAUUCCGCCUUCCACUGCAUCCCCCUCGCUAUGAUCGACCCGGAUUUCGCGAAGAAGCAGCUUGACCUCUUCACGCGCGAGUGGUACAUGCAUCCCAACGGCCAGCUUCCUGCCUACGAAUGGAACUUUGGCGACGUCAACCCUCCAGUCCACGCUUGGUCGACUUUCCGUACGUUCAAGAUUGAGCGCAAGAUGCACGGCCGUGAAGAUCUUGACUUCCUCGAGCGUGUCUUUCACAAGCUUCUGAUGAACUUUACCUGGUGGUGCAAUCGCAAGGACUUCGACGGCAAGAACAUCUUCGAAGGUGGCUUCCUCGGCCUCGACAACAUUGGCCUGUUCAACAGAUCAGAUCCAUUGCCCACUGGUGGUACCCUUGAACAAGCCGAUGCCACUGGUUGGAUGGCCUUCUACUGUCUGAGCAUGCUCAACAUCGCCCUUGAGCUCGCCAAGCAUCGCCGCAUCUACGAAGACGUCGCCACCAAGUUCUUCGAGCACUUCAUCACAAUCUCCGACGCCAUGCAGUACCGACAUGGCAGUGAAGCCAAGUCAUUGUGGAAUGAAGAGGACGGCUUCUACUACGAUGCGAUCUCAUGGGGCGGUCCAUGGUCUCACCAGAUGCCCGUCAGAUCGCUGGUCGGUCUGAUUCCUUGCUACGCCACUCUCACUCUCGAACCGGAAGUCAUUAACAAGUUUCCGGCUUUCAAGAAGCGUCUUGAAUGGUUCAUGACGAACAAGCACGAUAUGACCGAGCGCAACGUAGCCAGCAUGACGCGGAGAGGCAAGGACCAGCGAUUGCUUCUCUCCCUUGUCAGCGAGGACCGUCUGCGAUCCAUUCUGAAGUACAUGCUGGACCCGAAGGAGUUUUUGAGUGACCACGGCAUUAGAUCGCUGUCAAAGUACCACAAGGACCAUCCUGUCUCCAUGGAUGUCAACGGCCAGAGAUACCAGGUCAGCUACGUUCCUGGCGACUCCGACAGUGGUCUCUUUGGCGGCAACAGCAACUGGCGAGGUCCUUGCUGGAUUGCCGUGAACUUCCUACUUAUUGAGUCCCUUUUGCGGUUCUACAUGUUCUACGGCAACACCUUCAAGGUUGAGUGUCCAACCGGCUCUGGCGAAUACAUGCAUCUUGGUCAUGUCGCCGAGGAGCUCCAACACAGACUCCAACACUUGAUGGCCACCAACAACUACGGACGUCGCGCUAUCCACGACGGGAACGACAUUCUCGACUUUGAUCCAAACUGGAAGGACUACUUGUGGUUCUACGAGUAUUUCGAUGGCGAUACUGGACGUGGUCUUGGUGCCACGCAUCAAUGCGGUUGGACUGGUCUAAUGGCCAAGAUCAUCCAAGAUACUGGAACCAACUGCCGUCUCCCCCAAACGCCACGCACGCCGUCUACUGCCGCGGAGCAUUAUUUCGACGACACGUUCAGCCGGCAGCGUCGCGCCUCGCUUGGUCCACGUCGCCCAACUGGCUUUGCUCGUUCUCUCACACGAACCCGCUCCAUUGGCCAACGCAGCGACUUCAGCGACAAGACGAAUGGUGGUGCCGGUGACGAAGAUGACGACGAGCCCAUCGCAAACGGCAAGCCCUCUCGCACGUGGUCCAUCUACAAGGAAGACGACCCCAAGGCCGGCAUCCCUCACGACGACCCUGACGACCCAAUCAACCGAUACGUCCAAGACCAGCUGCAGAGAAUCAAGAGCAAUGAGAGUCAAGAGAUGGCAGAUGAGUUGGCUUCGCAGAAUGACGGCGCGAAUGAUCAUUGA